AUGGGCCGCGUUCGCAUCAAAACCGUGAAGAAGGCAGCCCAGGUCAUCAUUGAGAAAUACUACACACGCCUGGGUAAAAACUUCCACACGAACAAGCGCGUGUGCGAGGAGAUCGCCAUUAUUCCCAGUAAGAAACUCCAGAACAAGAUAGCAGGCUAUGUCACACAUCUGAUGAAGCGGAUUCAUAGAGGGCCUCUGAAAAUCAAAGAACCGCUGGACUCCACUUUUUUAGUGUUACCAGACACUAAAAAUAGCCAGGAAAAGAAAAUAGGAGAGCAAAAUUACAGGGGAAACAAGAGAGAAAUCAGAGUUAGAGGAAAUACCAGUGGUUUAAGAGAAACUGUAGCAAUGAGAAAGGAACUCCACAUAAUAGCAAAUAAAGGAUUUAUUUCUAGCAAAAUUAGAAUACACUUUUUGCUUUUAAAGGAGACACUGUACAUUGUCUACUAA